GGCAUGCUGGGUGCUGUAGCCUCCGCCACCACCCGCCGCCGUGCUCCCGCUGUGCCCACGGCCGGAGGCGGCGGCAGCACUAGCGGCUGAGCGGGGCCGGGCCCGCUGUCCCGGGGCAAAGAACCUCGGCGGAGCCGGAGCGCUGCGGGCCGGCGGGCGGGAGGCGGUGCCCCGGGGGCGGGCGCGGCUAAUCGCGGCACGUGGUGGGCCGCAGCGGGAGCAUCAUGGCGCAGCUCACGGCGCGGUUUCGCACCGAGAACCGCAGGUACGCGGUGGAGGAUGUACCUUUUUCGGUGCCUGCGGCCUCCGAGACCACAGACCUCAGCCAGCUCAUCAACAAGCUGCUGGCGGCCGGCAACGCGGAUCACAAAUAUGUGGAAUUCGACUUCCUUAUCAAUGGGCAGUUCUUGCGAAUGCCACUGGUCACGCACAUGGAAAUGGAAAAUAUCUCCACAGAAGAAGUGGUGGAAAUAGAGUAUGUGGAGAAAUACAUGGCCCCUCAGCCAGAGGAGUGCAUCUUCCACAAUGACUGGAUCAGUUCUAUUCAAGCUGCUGAAGAAUGGAUAUUAACUGGCUGCUACGAUAAGACUGCUCGAAUCUGGUCUUUGGAAGGAAAAUCCAUCAUGACAAUAGCUGGGCAUACAGAAGUUGUGAAGGAUGUGGCAUGGGUAAAGCAAGAUAGUUUAUCAUGCCUAUUACUCAGUGCUUCCAUGGACCAAACCAUGCUGCUGUGGGAGUGGAACGUGGAGAAAAACAAAGUGAAAGCCCUCCACUGCUGCAGGGGACAUGCUGGGAGCGUAGACUCUAUAGCUGUUGAUUGCACAAGAACUAAAUUCUGCAGUGGAUCCUGGGACAAAAUGUUAAAGAUCUGGUCUGCAGUACCGACAGAUGAAGAGGAUGAAAUGGAAGAAGCGGCUAACAUACCACGGAAGAAGCAGAAAACUGAACAGUUGGGACUAACAAGGACUCCCCUGGCAACGCUCUCAGGCCACACAGAAGCUGUCUCCUCUGUACUGUGGAUAGAUGCUGAAGAAAUCUGCAGUGCCUCUUGGGACCACACCAUUAAACUCUGGGAUGCUGAGACUGGAGAUCUCAAAUCAACCCUGACAGGAAACAAAGUGUUUAAUUCUGUCUCCUACUCACCCCUGUGUCGUCGCCUUGCAUCUGGGAGCACUGACAGACACAUCAGACUAUGGGAUCCUCGCAGCAAAGAUGGCUCCUUGGUUCUGCUGUCUCUGACAUCUCACACAGGCUGGGUGACAUCUGUGAAGUGGUCACCUACCCAUGAGCACCAGCUGAUCUCUGGUUCUCUGGACAACAUUGUGAAGCUCUGGGACACAAGGAGUUGCAAAGCGCCUCUCUACGAUUUGGCUGCUCAUGAAGACAAGGUUUUCUGUGUGGACUGGGCAGAAGGAGGGCUGCUAUUGAGUGGAGGUGCAGACAGCAAACUCUAUUGCUACAGAUACCCAACUACAGCCUCUGAUGUUGGAGCGUGAAGAUCAACAGCCACAAGACUUGAAAAAAGGCUGAAGCUUAUCGAAGACUCAUGUGGAGACCCAGAGGCAUCUGCUGAAACACAUACUUUGAACCAAAGUCUGGAAGGCGGGGCAUGGGUGUGCAUUAGUGGGAAGAGUUGUUCCUACUACGAUAUGGUUUGGAUUCACCACAACCAUCUCUUUCUAAUGUCCCCUGUCAAAGUAAAUACAGUCACUUGUUUUCUAAUUGAAAAAGCACAAGUUUUCCCUUCUCAUAUUCUUUCUCCCACCUUUUCUCAGGUUUUGCAUCAACUUUAGCCUUAAUCUGGGGAAGUUCAUGCAAAAUUUGGGAACUAUUUUUGAUCUUAAAAAAAAGUAUCAUAAAAUCAAAAUCUGACAGGAAUUCACCAAGUUCCACCAGGGACCAGAAUCUGCGUGGCAGUAAGAUCACAAGUGAUCUUUGACUCUCCCACUCUCAACAGUGAUCCCCCUCAGGUGGCAGAUUUCAGCAGACCCCGGAUUGGUAGCUUUUAUUUUGAUGGACUUUGUGCAUAGGAUGAGGUGUUGGAAUUUGCUGGCCAUAAGCUUUUAAUACUUGGAGCAAGGAUCGAGUAUCAUUCUUGGUCUACACUUGAGAUUAAGAACUAUACAAGAGAUACAAGAGAUCUUUCUCCCAUCACCAUGCAAGCAGUCCUGUUAACAUACCCAUAGCAUUUAAUAGAACAAUGAAUUACAUAAUAAGGUUUUGCCUUUAAGUUUUUAGGGCAUACAGAGACUCAAUAGAUAGCCUCUGCUGCCCCUCAGAAAACUGUACUAUGGCAAAAAGUUAUCUCCUGCAGUUAAAAUACUAAGCAAAAUGUUUCCUAGAUCUAAAGAGCUCAGACUUGAUCAGAUUCUGAUUUCAGUUACACUGCUCUAAUUCCCAAGCACUGUCAGUUAAGACAACGAAGCCUAUAAAAAUCAAUGGAUUUAAUACAGAUUUACAGAGGAGCUUGCACCCAGCCUGUCUGAAUGCAAUUUGCAAUAAUUAGAUCUUGUAUCUUGACAUAGCUGAAAACUGAGUCAGUACCAGUUUCCAAAAACCCAAGUACUGUGUGUCAGUGAAGCCUUUGCUGGAAGGAAACAUAUGAUUUGUCUUCAUAGUAACUAAGCUUUGAAGCAGAAUGGUGAGGGGGAAGAGAAAAUGGGUUUUCUCCCCCUUCUAAUCUCAUCUAUUUAAACACAGGAAUCAAAACAGCAGAUGUGUAGUAUGAAAAAUGUUGGCCAAGAUACUGGCACCACAGAAUCCGGCACGAACCCACCAAAGAUAAGAUGAAGAGACUAUAGUUUCCCUAUUUCAGUUCUAAAAGUCACUUGUCUGUUGCAAUAUAAACAUACAAGCUCAGAGUGCCAUGUUUAAAAGAAGCCAUCAUUUUCGUAAGGACAGCAGUUUACAACCCAUGCACUAUUCUGAAUCUCUUCAGUAUCCAUAAUAUCACUUGCUAAACAUAAACAGGAUUAUGAGAUACAAGAUUCUGAGCCGAUCAUUCCCAAGAAUAAUAAUAUUAGACUGUACCAGAGAAGUCCAUUGGAAUUAAAGAAAUCUCUACUUCUAAUCUUUUCCUACCUUGCUGCAGUGUAGUGCAGCAACUGAAGAGUAUUUUCCGUUUUGGGAUGUCUGAAUUGUAUCGCUUAUAUCUUGGCAGGCACAUUUGAAGCUGAUGAUUUCGCUUUGGCUGGUGUUUCCUACUGGCCUUCUCUAACUACUUCUUAUAAUUUACAACACAGUGAUUUGUAGGGCUGCUACUGUAAAAAGCUGGAGAGAACCAUAAGCUUUUCUAUUUCCCUCUGCAGCAGUAUCUUCUUUCUAUUUACUCUCCUUAUUUUGCCACCCACUCCAUGUUUUGUUAAGGGCAGCAUCUAGUUUCUCAUUCCUCACAAGAGUAUCAGGAUCAAGGAGGUAAAAUAUCCCCCCUUUUAAAUACAUCAAGUUUUGACCUUCAGAUUAACAUGCCUUGAUAUACGAGACACCCCAGAUGCCUUGUGCAUUGCUACUGUACUUCUCUUCCCAUAUGCAUUACUGACUGCACUAUAACACUAGGGCUAUUCCAUCAGGAAGUAUUUGCCUUUGGCACACCUUCUUGUCAUUCACAUUUAUUCUGCAAGUGCCUUUGCUAUUAGCUUUCCCCCCACCUUCAGAAUUAUUGAGCACCUGAAGAGCAGGGCUAAGUAGAAAGGAAGCCCAGCUGGUGCUCCAAGAGAUAAGCAGGAGCCCUGGUGGCCAACAUCUCACCUACACUGACUGCAGGACUCUAUGGGCUAUGGUUCUUCACAGUCUACAAGCACAGUUGGAUGUCUGCACCCCUGAGGCUUAAGCCACUCCCCAGAAGUUAAUCCUCCUCCUAUGUCUGUGUUCCUAAUUACUUUUGAUGAAAGGCAUAAAUAGCUUGAACCAUCA